AUGCUGCGCGUCCUGAUCGCUUCAAGAGACCGAAAGGCAGUUGCCGUUAAGGAAAGCCUAAAUGUGUUGGACUUUGAUUCCCAUCUCUUCUUCCUAGACAACCGCGAGUCACUCUUCCAUGGAAGACCUUCUACCUGGCAAGACACCACCUCAGAGCUCUCUGUGAUACACCUUGAAGGCGAACAGACACAUCAACUCAUGGAGAACGACGAGCAACUGCAUACACAUUUCAUCAAGAUGACGAGCAACGACAUGACAAUGCGAGACUUGCCCCAGAUAGGGUGCCCUUAUUGUUUUCCCAACUGUUACUCAUUCUUCGAACCCGGAAGAACCGCAGCAGCAGCACACGGGCUUCAGUUUCUACCUGAAGAGCAGACUCAUCACAACAAGCCGCAGGAGAUAGUGCACUUCAUCAAAGUUGAGGAUGGCUGUCAGUUCGAGAUCCUUGAUGCCCACCCACACGUCCCACAGACAUCAUUCGCCGACGACAAUCUCUAUUCCAGCGAUGCUGCUUCUGAUAUAAACCACCAGGCCGAUGAUAUGAAUGAUCAUUUUGCGAUCAGCGAGCCCGUCCCAAUCCUUAUGGCGGAGGGGGAAUCACCACUCAGGGCACCCAUAACCAUCCUCGAUGAAUGCAUAUCUCAGGACAGUGCGCCUCUUCUUGAGGGAGAGUGGGCAAGCGUGGAAGAAGUAGCACUAUCUGAGUCCCCAAGUUCGUCACUCGAGAUUCCAGCACCAGCUGCAGAUAGUAUUCUUGAUGCAGCUAGCACAUCACUUCCUUUGCCAGCUGCGCAGGUUCAUCAGUUAUCGCACUCAUCCAGUGAAGACACUAGUUCUGGUCUAUCCAUAUGGGACGCAGGGAACCUGUCGAACAAGGCGCAAUUCUACGGAGAAAUCAACAGCGCACUGGCUCAGCUUGCGGCAGCGAACAUUAAUCUGGAUCCGUCCACAUUUGAAGAUGACGGUUCAAGCGCUGCCCAGACUCUACUCCUCCCAUGGGGCUCCCCAAGGGCUGAUUGCCCAGCCAUGCUUUCGAUCGGAAGUGGAUGCGCAGCCAACCAAAGGUGUAAUGAAUCAUUCCCUAUCACCAGUUCCUAUCUAUACCAUGAGAGCCGGUAUAGAGUUAACGAGCCUUGGACGCUACCGAGUUCCAGUGACAUAAGCCAUGUUAACCAGGGGAAACUACUUGGCAGGCCACUUACGUGCCUCCGCGACAAGAGAAACGCAUUCUUAAUCGACUGUAAGCUCCGUGGGUUGUCAUAUAAAGAUAUAAAAAGGAUUGGCGGGUUCAAGGAGGCCGAGUCGACUCUCCGUGGCAGAUUCCGCACGUUGACAAAGUCUAAAGAGCAACGCGUGAGGAAGCCACAAUGGCACCAAAACGACAUUCGCCUUCUCUGUGAGGCGGUUAACGUGUUGUCAGAAACCACGGGCCAUGACAAUAGCCAUCACUCCUUCUGCUGGGCUCGCAUUGACAAACAAUUGCCAAAGGUUUCAUGGAAGAGGGUGGCUCAGUAUAUCAGAGCCCAUGGGGGAACCUAUCAUUUUGGAAAUGCUACCUGCAAGAAGAAGUGGUGCGAAGUCCAUGGCGUGAAGAUGUAAGGUUGACUGGAGUGGGAAGAGUUAUAAUGGGUUGCCAAAUAUUCCCAAUAAACUCCGUCGGUUGAGAGCAUUUUCAGUGUCAAAUGGACUUGCAAUCAAGAAACACUCAUUGUGAGGGAGCGAUCAGUGAACAAAUGAAGAGUGGGGAGGGCAAUAUUGAAGCAGAAUCGGGGAUAGGCAAGGGCUAGUUGUGUUGUCUCCAUUUCGUUGUCUACUCUCUUAGGGAAAUAGAAUUCACUUGGUCCGAUAGAACUGGGAGUGUUGUGGGUUGAGCAUACAAUCAUGGUCAGUUUGAG